UAAACCAACGACAGUCAAUCAAUUGUUAGAGAUUUUUUUUAUAAUUUAUAGUACGUCAAUCACAAAUGGUGCAAGUGUAGUUGUUCUUUUUUAUUUUUAUCCGGUUCUAAUAAAACAGUCUUUGUUAUAUUCUUAUAAGAAAAUCGUCAUGUUGACAAAAAGAAUUUCAUAACGCCAUAAAGAAUCGAUCGUCGUACGAUCUUUCGACGUUCAUACGGAACGGCUAAUCAUGUUUUCGCGUAAAAUUCAUUAGAAGUCCUUGUAAGGUGUGACAUAUACAGUUCCUAGUGCAUAAUAAUCUUCUACUAUAAUCAUGAAUUUCGACGAAACUUCAAGUAGUGGAUACGUGACGACGGAGACAAUAUAUGGGACUCAUGAAGAUUCCCAUGUUGUUAUGUCAGAGAAGGUUCAAUCGUUGGCUGGAAGUAUUUAUCAGGAGUUCGAGCGAAUGAUAGCUCGUUACGAUGAAGAUGUAGUGAAGACUUUGAUGCCUUUGCUUGUGAACGUUUUGGAGUGCUUAGAUUCAGCAUACCAGACGAACCAGGAGCACGAGGUAGAACUAGAGUUACUGCGGGAAGACAACGAACAGCUGGUAACACAAUAUGAACGCGAGAAGGCGGCGAGGAAACACUCUGAACAAAAGUUGUUGGAAGCUGAAGAUCACUACGAAGGAGAAAGAAAGGAUUUAACUGGAAGACUAGAGGCUCUUGAUAGCAUUGUAAGAAUGCUAGAGUUAAAGCAUAAGAACUCACUUGACCAUGCUAGCAGACUUGAAGAGAGAGAAAAUGAACUCAAAAAGGAAUAUGCAAAACUACAUGAACGUUAUACUGAGCUAUUUAAGACACAUAUGGAUUACAUGGAACGGACAAAAUUAUUACUAAGCACAGCAAGUGAACGGAAUGAAGUUCGAGGAAGGUUAGGACUUAAUCCAAUGGGCAGAUCAAGUGGUCCCAUAUCAUUUGGGUUUGCAUCUCUGGAAGGAUCUGUAAAUGUUGUUGAACAGUCUGAAAGUAUGCCUGGUAGUCCUGUUAGUUUAUCUUCAUCGCCUCCAACGCCACCACUUGGUUCAGAGCUAGCAGCAGUACAGACAGUGGAAAGGGCACAUCAGACUGAUCCAAUUACACAGCAGAGUCAGGCUACAUCACCUGUAGCGCCACCAAAUGCUAGCUUGGGAAAAUCUCAGACAAAGAGUGAAAAACGCAGCGGGAACACUUUAUACCAAGAGCUGGCCUUCCAUGAUACUGAAGCAAAUAUAGCAGAAGGCGACGACGGUACCGACAUUACAGGUAGUUGGGUACAUCCUGGUGAAUAUGCUUCUUCUGUUAACGAUAACUAUUUUGGUAUGGGAAAAGAAGUCGAGAACCUAAUAUUGGAAAACAACGAGUUACUGGCGACAAAAAAUGCUUUGAACGUUGUCAAAGAUGAUUUGAUCGUCAAGGUAGACGAAUUGACCGCUGAGCAGGAGAUUUUGAGAGAGGAGGUUUCCAACUUGAGCUCCGCCAGAGAGAAACUAAAAGAAAGAGUUACACAAUUAGAAGAGGAAUUAAGGAAUCUUAAGGAGACAAUGAGUAAUAACGCAGGCGGCGGCGAUAACGAGGACGAGGCUGAUGUUCCUAUGGCACAACGUAGACGGUUCACUCGAGUCGAGAUGGCAAGAGUCCUCAUGGAAAGAAACCAGUACAAAGAAAGAUUUAUGGAGCUGCAAGACGCUGUGCGUUGGACAGAGAUGGUGCGCGCUAGCCGCGUAGAUUCAACCAUGGAUAAGAAAAACAAGCAGAGCAUAUGGAAGUUUUUUAGCAAUCUCUUCAGUACCGGUGAGAGGCCUCAACGGCCACUAUCGACGCCGCACCUGGGUGCGGUCGCGGUGCCGCAGUCGCAGAUGCGACAUUCUCGCACUCAGGCAGAUUUUCUGGAAACGCAGCUCACGGAUUCUCACCACAGGAGGCACGAGAGGAGCGAGCAGUUCCGACAAGUGCGGGCGCACGUACGCAAGGAGGACGGUCGUAUGCAGGCGUACGGUUGGAGCCUCCCGGGCAAGAGCGGUCAGAGCCAGAAGGGACCGAGCCCGUGUACGUCACUGUCAUCGGCCGGCGUACCGGUACCAGUGCCUGUGUUUUGUAGACCCAUAGCUGAAAACGAGCCACGUAUGACACUCCUGUGUGCCGCCGGAGUGAAUCUAAAUGGUGGGAUCACACCGGACGGUGGAUGUAUGGUUGGUGAGAGUGUCUUUUAUGACGAGAAGCCCGAAAAUACUAUGUGCCUAGCAUACGAAAUGAGCAAAGCGCAAUCGGCUCAUUCUCCGGAAGUGGAACAAAUCAAUAGACAACUUCAGUCCACGCUCAGUGUUGAACGUACUGAAAAGAAUCUCUCUUCUCUCGUCUGGAUUUGUUCUUGUACUCAGACGAAGGGUGUAGUAAUGAUCAUUGACGCCAACAAUCCCGCAGUGGUGCUAGAAUCCUUCCCCGUCAGUGACAAGCAUAUAUUGUGCGUAGCUUCAGUCCCCGGUGCGACGGCGGAAGAUUACAGGGAAUAUGAAGAGAGAAUGUCUGGGGAGACAGAGACAAAGAGACAUUCAUCAUUAUUUUGCAUGGGCGAGUCUGUGGAAAGUGCCAGCAAUGGACUACAAGGAUCAGAUAGUGAAGGCGGCGAUAAAGAUAACCCUAUUGGCAGUACUAGACUGGUACAAGCUACACUUCUCACUCCUCCAAGCACGCCAGUCAAAGAACCUGAGCCACCUUCUGAAGGUAACCCGCCUAAGGAGGCCACAGCUAAAGACGUGGAAGAACCAGAUACCACCGCGCCCGACAGUCCGCCUCUUAGCUCCACCCCUAUUAAUGCGGAUCACCAAGGCUCACCUGAGCCUGGAGUCGAUGCGUUUGCUCAGGAACAAUCCAACACCGAGUGUCGCGCGGAUAUCGCUCAAGAGAGGAAAAUGUCAACCGUUAUGGCGACCAUGUGGUUAGGAACUAAGAGCGGUAAUCUAUAUGUACAUUCUGCUUGCGGAAACUACAGCAAAUGUCUUGUGAGGGUGAAGCUAAACGAUGCAAUUUUGUCUAUCGUUGCUUGUGCGUCCCGCUGUAUGGUCGCGCUUGCUGACGGAACAGUUGCAAUAUUUGCUCGGCAGGCUGACGGCCAAUGGGACUUCACACAGUAUUGGUCGUUGACGCUUGGCGAUCCUAAGUGUUCCGUACGUUGCCUCAGCGCGGUCGGAUGCACGGUGUGGUGUGGAUAUCGGAAUAAAGUACACGUGGUGGAUCCGCGAUCACGUACUCUAUCACACACACUAGAAGCGCAUCCGAGACAAGAGAGUCAAGUCAGACAAAUGGCUUGUGACGGAGACGGAGUUUGGGUUUCAAUAAAAAUGGAUUCUACAUUACGACUUUACCACGCACACACGUAUCAGCAUCUAAAAGACGUGGAUAUCGAGCCUUACGUGAGCAAAAUGUUGGGCACUGGCAAACUGGGCUUCUCUCUUGUUCGCAUCACGGCGUUGCUGAUCAGUUCAGGGCGACUGUGGAUUGGAACAAGCAAUGGUGUAGUUAUAUCAGUUCCACUCAGCGAAGGAUCCAGUAAAGACUCGACGGGAGCACCGCCGCCUGCUCGUAAUUUACCUGGUCACGCGGCGUUAGUCCACGCUCGUUCGGCUAGUCCUACGGGCACGAUACCUUGGUGUUCGAUGGCGCACGCCCAGCUCAGUUUCCACGGGCACCGAGACGCCGUCACAUUCUUCGUGGCGGUGCCCGGAGCGCCUGAAUCGCCGGGAUCGCCGCGGUCGCCACGUACGCCGCGUACGCCGGAAUCGCCGCGAGCGCCGCACGUGCCGCCCAUGCUAGUUAUAUCCGGCGGCGAGGGGUAUAUUGACUUUAGGAUAGCCGAUUCCGAGAUGGAGGAUAGUGUGGUGAUAGCGGAAGAUGGUUCGGGCGGUGCCAGUUCAUUGGCGGAGCGCGCGUCCAAGAGCCAUUUGAUAGUGUGGCAGUCACCUGUUCACGUUGUGUUUUCGGAUAUGGGCGCAGUGCUCGGCACCCAAAAUGGACUAUUUCAGCGUCAGUGUUUACACAUUGUAUCGUUUUGUGUAUAUCCGCUUGUUGUUUCACUAUCUAAUCACUAG